UGGCUGGAGGGAGACCUCAUCUUCUCCAUGAGCUUGUCUGGAGGCGAGCCGAGGGAGAUGCUCAACACGGGAGGGGGGAUCAAGGGGAGCGUCGUCCUGGACCUCCGGGCCAGCAGUCUGCUCUGGAACUCUGAAAGAACAGGCUUGACGACGAUGAGUUUGCUGCAGGACAAAAGACGUUCGGCUGGAAAGAGAUGGACGAUUUCAGGGUCGAUUGUAGCUGCCUUUGAGCCCUUUCCUGUUGUCCUUUUCUGACGAGCUCAUGACCCUGUGGGACCAGCGUGAUGGGAGCCGCAUCCAAGACGUGAAUGUGGGGAGCAACGUGUUUGGUGUGAUGACUGCGCUCAAGGAUGUCAAACCAGUGCCCAACACUCCAGACUGCAAUGAGCCGUCCAUGCUGUGCCCACAUUCGUCAGUCUGUCUUCCCCCGUCCAAGCUAUGUGAUGGGAAAAACGACUGUCCUGAUGGAACUGAUGAGAAACUUUGCUUUACCACAUGCCCCAAUAAAGGAGACUUCAAGUGCACAGACAGCCGGAGCUGCAUCCCCGAGAGUCAUGUUUGUGAUGGGCGCGCUCAUUGCUAUGACAGCUCAGAUGAGGUCAACUGUCCAACUGCAGCUUCUAUUAAGUCCCGCCCUGAUGCCGUGAAGUGCCGUAACGGCUACACAUCAUGUAAAGAUGGCAGGGAGUGUGUCUUAUACACUCACUUGUGUGAUGGAGAGAGGGACUGCCUGGAUGGAUCAGAUGAACAGGGAUGUGGUGCUCCAGAACAGAAAAUGACUCCAAACAAGCCAGAAGUGCAUCCAUCAAAUCAAACACCUGCCACCAAACAUCCUAUCAUGGUCCAGCCACCAUGCAGCAGUCCUUCAGUUCUUUGUCCCGGUGCUUCUGUUUACCUCUGCAUUUCCCCAGAUCAGUUUUGCAAUGGGCGUGAAGACUGUCCUGAUGGCUUUGAUGAAAAGCAGUGUGUGAAAAAAUGUCCAUCCAGAACUGACUUCCGCUGCAAGGACCGCAGGAGCUGUGUCUCCAAGAGUCUGGUGUGUGACGGUCGCUCUGACUGCCAUGAUGGCUCAGACGAGGUCAACUGUCCGACUGCACCUUCUGUUAAGUCCCGGCCUGAUGCCGUGAAGUGCCGUAACGGCUACACAUCAUGUAAAGAUGGCAGGGAGUGUGUCUUAUACACUCAUUUGUGUGAUGGAGAGAGGGACUGCCAGGAUGGAUCAGAUGAACAGGGAUGUGGUGCUCCAGAACAGAAAACGACUCCAAACAAGCCAGAAGUGCAUCCAUCAAACCAAACACCUGCCACCAAACGUCUUGCCAUGGUCCAGCCACCAUGCAGCAGUCCUUCAGUUCUUUGUCCCGGUGCUUCGGUUCACCUCUGCAUUUCUCCGGAUCAGAUUUGCAAUGGGCGUGAAGACUGUCCUGAUGGCUUUGAUGAAAAGCAGUGUGUGAAAAAAUGUCCAUCCAGAACUGACUUUCGCUGCAAGGACCGCAGGAGCUGUGUCUCCAAGAGUCUGGUGUGUAACGGUCGCUCUGAUUGCCAUGAUGGCUCAGACGAGGUCAGCUGUCCGACUGCACCUUCUGUUAAGUCCCGGCCUGAUGCCGUGAAAUGCCGUAACGGCUACACAUCAUGUAAAGAUGGCAGGGAGUGUGUCUUAUACACUCAUUUGUGUGAUGGAGAGAGGGACUGCCAGGAUGGAUCAGAUGAACAGGGAUGUGGCGCUCCAGAACAGAAAACAACUCCAAACAAGCCAGAAGUGCAUCCAUCAAACCAAACACCUGCCACCAAACAUCCUAUCACGGUCCAGCCACCAUGCAGCAGUCCCUCAGUUCUUUGUCCCGGUGCUUCUGUUUACCUCUGCAUUUCCCCAGAUCAGUUUUGCAAUGGGCGGAAAGACUGUCCUGAUGGCUUUGAUGAAAAGCAGUGUGUGAAAAAAUGUCCAUCCCGAACUGACUUUCGCUGCAAGGACCGCAGGAGCUGUGUCUCCAAGAGUCUGGUGUGUGACGGUCGCUCUGAUUGCCAUGACGGCUCAGACGAGGUCAACUGCCCGACUGCACCUUCUGUUAAGUCCCGGCCUGAUGCCAUGAAGUGCCGUAACGGCUACACAUCAUGUAAAGAUGGCAGGGAGUGUGUCUUAUACACUCAUUUGUGUGAUGGAGAGAGGGACUGCCAGGAUGGAUCAGACGAACAGGGAUGUGGUGCUCCAGAACAGAAAACAACUCCAAACAAGCCAGAAGUGCAUCCAUCAAACCCAACACCUGCCACCAAACGUCCUAUCACGGUCCAGCCACCAUGCAGCAGUCCUUCAGUUCUUUGUCCCGGUGCUUCUGUUCUCCUCUGCAUUUCCCCAGAUCAGUUUUGCAAUGGGCGGAAAGAUUGUCCUGAUGGCUUUGAUGAAAAGCAGUGUGUGAAAAAAUGUCCAUCCAGAACUGACUUUCACUGCAAGGACCGCAGGAGCUGUGUCUCCAAGAGUCUGGUGUGUGACGGUCGCUCUGAUUGCCAUGACGGCUCAGAUGAGGUCAACUGUCUGAUUGCACCUUCUAUUACAUCCCGGCCUGAUGCCGUGAAGUGCCGCAAGGGUUCGAAGCCAUGCAAAGACGGCAGGGAGUGUGUUCUAUACACUCAUUUGUGUGAUGGAGAGAGGGACUGCCAGGAUGGAUCAGAUGAACAGGGAUGCCAGAAAACCUGCAAAGAAGCUGAGUUCCAGUGCGCCCAUGGGAGGAAGUGCAUCCCGCAGGCUUAUGUGUGUGACGGUGAGUCUCAGUGUCAGGACAAAUCUGACGAACUUAACUGCUGGAAAUCUACCAAGAGCUGCCAGCAUCGCUGUGAUGACAACAAGCGGUGCGUUCCCAAGAGCUUCCUGUGUGAUGGCGAGAGAGACUGUAAGGACGGCACUGACGAGGACGGAUGCAACCUCAUUACUGAUGCCGCUGCUUCCACCGAGCCGCCUGCCCUCACUUUCCGCUCAACGUGCGUCAGCCCUUCACUUCUCUGUCCAGGUUCAUCACUGUGCAUCUCCAAAAAUCAGAUGUGCGACGGGCAGAAAGACUGUCCUGAUGGUUUCGAUGAAGAUGGCUGUAUAUUCAAGUGUAAAAACCCCGCUGACUUCCUGUGCGGCGACAGGAGGAAGUGCAUUCCCGGUACGGUGGUAUGUGACGGUCGCGCCCACUGUGCCGACGCCUCGGACGAGAAGAAUUGUAAAGCAGUGGAUCCUGAUACUUUGACCCUCAUCAGUGCAGUCAGCGCCGGGUUGGCCCCUCUGAAGUGCCGUAAAGGUUUCAAACCCUGUAAAGAUGGCCGGGAGUGUGUCCUGCAUUCCCAUUUAUGUGACGGAGAGAUGGACUGCCAGGAUGGAUCGGACGAGCAGGACUGUGAUGUUCAGUGCAAAGCAGCUGAGUUCCAGUGCUCCCAUGGGAAGAGAUGCAUCCCACUGGAGCAGGUGUGUGACGGAUGGAACAACUGUCAGGACCGGUCGGAUGAAAUGAACUGCUCGCGUCGGGGCGAGGGCUGCCACCAUCACUGUGACAACAACAGCCGCUGCAUACCGGAGACCUUCCUGUGUGACGGGGAGAGAGACUGCCGCGAUGGAUCCGAUGAGGAAAAGUGUGGUUUGAUUACCUGUGAGAGCGGGCAGUUUCGUUGUUCCAGUGGCCAGUGUGUGUCGGAGGCCCUGCGAUGUGACGGAUACGCCGACUGCUUCGACCGCUCGGACGAGGAGGGCUGUGCCAAACCCCCGCGGUGCCCGCCGGACCUGCGAUGCCCACACAGCCACGAGUGUCUGCAGCGAGAGUGGCUCUGUGACGGCGAAGAUGACUGCAAAGACGGGUCAGACGAGAAAAACUGUGCGAUGCCAACUGUGAGGUGCAAGGAAUACCAGUGGAAGUGCGGAAAUACCAAUCAGUGCAUCCCUGUGUCAUGGAGGUGCGACGGGACGAAGGACUGUCACAACGGCAUGGAUGAGGACAAAUGCGACCAAGCAAAGUGUCGUCCACCGCUGUACAGCUGUGGCAGUGGUGAGUGUGUGGACCCCUCCCUGCUGUGCAACACCAUCACCAACUGUGCUGACGGCUCAGAUGAGGGUCUCGGAUGCUUUGAACACAACUGCUCCAGUCCCUCAGCUCCUCGGUGUGAUCACCACUGUGUCAGCACCCCGCAGGGACCGAAGUGCCGCUGUGCCUCAGGUUUUACGCUGCACUCGAGCGGUCUGACCUGUGUGGACAUCGACGAGUGCAAUGCAGAGCUGCACGAAGUAUGUAAACACAGCUGUCUGAACACACGGGGGUCCUACAUCUGUCACUGCCACCCUGGAUUCUACCUGCAGCCCGACAACAAAAGCUGCAGGACGAAAGACGAGCCUCUGCUCCUGGCGUCGGUGCAGUCAGAGCUGUUGAUAUUCGGAGUACAAAGUGGCACCCUGCGGCUCCUCUUCUCCGGUAGUCGUCCGGUCUUUUCUUUGGACUACCACUGGGCUCAGCAGAGAGUCUACUGGCUGAGCUCCGACUACCAGAGCAUCCGCUGGGCCGACGUCAACAACUCCAAAAACAAAGGGACUCUUAUCAAAGGUGUGAAGUCAGAUUUGAUAGCACUGGACUGGGUGGGGAACAACCUGUACUGGGUGGACGAGUUAGUGGGCCAGAUCGUGGCGGUGCGGCUCAGCAACACCACGAUAAAGCCUCACGACUACACCGUGGUGCUGGGUGAAGACGUGGAGCAGCCGAGCUCACUGGUCCUGUUGCCUCAGAGAGGCUUGAUGCUGUGGUCUGAGAUCGGCAGCACCCCUCACAUCGAGCAGUGUGGGAUGGACGGCUCAAAGAGGAAGGUGGUGGUGAGCCGCGACCUGAGCUGGCCAGUCAGUUUGGCCGUCGACCUGCUGGACGACAGACUCUACUGGGUCGACGAGAAGCUCCGCUGCAUCGGCUCGUCCUCUCUGGAUGGAAACAACGUCAAGAUCCUCCAGCUGGCAGAAACCCCCAGUCCGUUCUCGGUGGCAGUUUUCAACGACCGGGUCUUCUGGUCCGACACCAAGAGAAGAACCAUCCGCUCAGCCGACAAGAUCACCGGGAAGGAUCAGAGGGUUCUCCUGAAGAGACCGGGACAGCCGUUUGGACUCAAGCUGAUGCACCCCCUCUCCCAGCCGGCGAUCUCCAACCCUUGUGAGCAGCUCAACUGUUCCCACUUCUGCCUGCUGGCCCCGGCGUCGCGGGGCAGGUCCCGGCCGGCGGCGGCGAGGGGGCCGGCCGCCGUGUGCCGCUGCCCGACGGGGAUGACGCUUUCCAAGGACAAGUUCAGCUGCUCCCCCUCUGCAAACUCUGCUUUCAUCCUGCUUUUGUCUCGUAAAGCCGUCACCCAGAUCCACCUGCACUCCAUUCGUGACAGCGUGGCUCUGAACAAGCUGCCGACCAAUCGGGUGCUGGCCCUGCCCGGCAUCACGGAGGCAUCGGCGCUGGACGCAGCCAUCCAGGGGCUGUCGCUGUACGUGGCCGACGCCGGACAGGGAACCGUGGACCUGCUGAAGCUGAGCAGCACCAGGUCGAGGCAGAGGCUGACGCAUGCCGAAAACAUCCUCAAACUGAAGGACGACUCUGUGACGGCGAUGGCGGUCGACUGGGUGACCUCGAACCUUUACUGGAGCAGCGCCCGGCGGCCCGACCUCCACGUGACCUCCAUCCAUGACGGCUACACCACCUCACUGCUGCAGGGAUCUCUGAAGGGCACCACAUCCAUCGCCUUGCACCCGGCCUCGGGGCGGCUUUGUUACACGGCGAUCGGCGCGGCGGGCGGGCGGAGCCAGCCCCAGGUUGACUGCUCAUACAUGGAUGGCCGGAACCAGGCGGUGCUGUGGAGGAAGUCGAGCAUUCCCACCUCGCUGGUGUUUUCCAGCGAGGGAAAAAUAAUCUACUGGGCCGACAUCGGUGAGGGAGUGAUCAGCUCCAUCGGGGUGGACGGAUCAGGAUACAGACGGUAUGAAACAGGGACGGGGGUGCUCGUCUCCUUCACACACAUCGAGAACCGCCUCCUGUGGGUCACAAUGGACAAAAACGUAACCAGAGUGUGGUUCAGCGACGGCGUUGAGCCAAAGCAGAUGUGGUUUGAGACGAAACACGUCAUCGUGGAAAUGAGAGCCUACAGCAACAACAGCCAGGCUGGAACCAACAGCUGCUCAAACAACAACGGCGACUGUCUCCACCUGUGUCUGGCCUAUCCCAGAGGUCGCACCUGUAAAUGUGGGCGGGACUUCCACCCCGUCAACGUCACUUCCUGCGUGGCCCUCCCUCGCUGCCCCGCCCGCAAAAAACCCUGCCUGGAUGGCAGCAGGUGCAUCGACAGCGCCCGGUUCUGUGAUGGACGCGUGGACUGUCCGGACCAGUCGGAUGAACAGGACUGUCCAUUCACAAAUUCGGACUUGUUUGUCACCCAGUCUAAAGAUGAGCUCUCUGCAAAGUCUUCCUCCUCCUCCUCCUCCUCCUCCUCACACCCUGCUGGCCAAAAGGAUUCAAGUCUUUCAGUCCAGAAAAACUCGUCUUCCUGUGACGACGAGUCUUGCAAAGAGAAAGCAGCUCAGGGAAAUCACGUCGCUGUUGUCCUGAGUGUCCUCUGCCUGACGGCCACAUUUGCAGCCUGUAUGGUCUUCUGUGCUAAGAGGAAAACAUGGAAAAAGUUUCCGUCGCUUGGAAGCAGAGGCACGGAGACGGACACUCUGAUGGCCAACAUGGGAAUGCCGAGUGAAUUCUAUGACCCGGUCUUCGAGGAAGCAGAAUCUCCAGUCGACAUGAAUGCUGCUGUGGAGUUACAAUCACUAAACCUCAAACAGACUUAAAACUGGCUUCAUCACGUCAGCAUGCAUUUCCAUUGUCAUGAAUUUCAACCUGGCUAAACUUUUAGCGCAAUAAAGAACAUAAGAUGAACCAGAA